AUGACAGCUUUCAACGGGGGCGAGGCCUCGCUACCCUCCAAAAUCCCUUUCUGGCGUCUGAUUUUCGAUCAAAAAGUCAUCACGGAAGAAGUAGCUAGAUACCCUUAUGCGGGAUCUGGCACUGAAGAUGAUCCUUACGCAGUUGUCUGGAUACCACGCGAUCCUCGUAACCCGAUGAACUUCCGCACAGUCAAGAAAUGGGCGAUUACGAUCUUAGUCUCAUUUGUCACACUAGCAGUGGCCUUGGUAUCAUCCGCUUAUUCAGGUGGAAUGAGUCAGAUCAUUGAGGAUUUUGGUGUUGCAGAAGAGGUAGCCAUCCUUGGAGUAUCGCUCUUCGUCCUAGGAUUUGCCAUCGGCCCUCUGAUCUGGGCACCACUUAGCGAGAUCUUCGGUCGUCGUCAUAUAUUCACGAUUAGUUUCGCAUUCUUGACUGCUUUUAAUGCUGGUGCCGCAGGAUCCAAAAAUAUCCAGACCCUCAUCAUUCUCCGGUUCCUGGCUGGCUGCUUCGGAUCUUCGCCAUUCGGAAAUGCAGGCGGCACGAUCGCAGACCUGUUUCCAGCCUCGCAGCGUGGUAUUGCAAUUAGCUUCUUUGCCGCAGCGCCGUUCCUGGGUCCAACAAUUGGUCCGAUCAUUGGAGGCUUCCUUGCUACAGGAGCUGGCUGGCGCUGGGUCGAGGGAUUCCUCGCUGCCUUUUCCGGUGUGCUCUGGCUGUGCAUUAUUUUCCUGCUCCCAGAAACCUACGCUCCGGUUCUUCUCCGUCGCCGAGCCGCAAAGCUCUCUGAGAUGACCGGGCAGGUAUACCGCAGUAAGCUUGAUAUUGAGCGCGGGCCGGUGCCAAUAGGCAAGACGCUUAAGACGGCCCUGUCUCGCCCAUGGAUGCUAUUAUUCCGCGAACCGAUCGUGCUUCUUUGUUCUAUCUAUAUGUCGAUUAUUUACGGAACGCUCUAUAUGCUUUUCGCCGCUUACCCGAUCGUGUUCCAGGAAGUCCGCGGUUGGAGUGAAGGCAUAGGCGGCCUCGCUUUCUUGGGUAUUCUAGUCGGAAUGCUCUGCGCUGUUGCUUAUACCUUCCCAGAGAAUACGCGAUACGCAAAGAAAUGCUCCGAGACAACCGAUCGACUCGCACCGGAGCUCCGACUUCCUCCCAGUAUGGUCGGUGCCGUCGCCCUCCCAAUCGGACUCUUCUGGUUCGCUUGGACGAACUCUCCCAGCAUCCAUUGGAUGGUAUCCAUCGCGGCCGGUGCUCCAUUCGGAUUCGGCAUGGUUCUCGUCUUUCUAAGUGUAUUCAACUACCUCAUCGACUCGUAUACGAUCUUCGCUGCCUCCGUCUUGGCAGCUAACUCGGCGCUCCGCUCGUUAUUCGGCAUGGCCUUUCCGCUUUUCACCACAUAUAUGUAUCAAAACCUAGGCAUCCACUGGGCGUCUUCCAUCCCUGCAUUCCUAUCGCUGGCUUGCGUACCAUUCCCAUUUAUCUUCUACAAAUACGGAGCUCAGAUCCGCCAGCGGUGCACCUUCGCUGCUGAAGCAGAUGCGUUCAUGCGCCGGCUCGCUGAGAAGAACCAGGCAGAGAUUGCCCAGGAGAAGACGGAGACGACUGCCACGGCUGCAGAUGGUAACGAUAGUGACAGUGAUUCUUUGUCUACUGUCCCAUCGCGGAUUAGCAUUAGCCGACGUAUGUCGCGUGCGUCGCGGGCUUCUCGACAGUCUGGACGAUCAUUGCAUCGCACUGCUACUGCGACGCAGUAUGAGGAAAAUCCGUACGACCUUGACUUGGUCAAUACUCGGCAGUCAGCUAUCAGUGGCCAUCACAAGAAUUAA